AGAUGACAAUUAUGAUCGCAUAUGGUCGCCCUACAACAGCCCGAACUUGACAACAAUAUCUACCUCACUCUAUCUCGACACUCGGAACUCUUUCCAACCGCCGUCCGAGGUCAUGCAGACCGCCAUUAUACCAGAAAACGGUAGCGAUUCCUUGCAGUUCAGUUGGGGGGGGUAGUGAUUCCAAUUUUCAAUACUAUGUGUAUUUACACGUAUCUGAAAUUCAAAAAGUCGAGGCAAACCAGAUUAGAGAAAUGGACAUCUAUAUUAAUCAAAGGUUGUUUUAUGGACCUCUUGUUCCCUCUUCAUACGGAUAUACAACCUGUAUAUAUUCCGUAACACCCUUAACAGGUGAAGGGAUGAAUGUGAUAUUAAUCAAGAAAACCAAUAAUUCAACGCUACCGCCCAUCCUCAACGCCCUGGAAAUAUAUCGUUUAAAAGAAUUCCCGCAAUUGCUAACUGAUCAACAAGAUGUUGAUGUCAUCAUGAAUAUCAAAUCAAAAUAUGGAGUGAAUAGAUCAGAUUGGCAAGGAGAUCCUUGCGCCCCUGCAGAUUACUUAUGGCAAGGUCUUAAUUGCAGCUACGAUGAUUCUAACCCCCCUAGGAUCAUAUCCAUAAACUUGUCGUCAAGUGGAAUAGCGGGCGAGAUACCUCUAGACAUAUCAAAGCUGACAUCAAUACGAACUCUGUAAAGAUAUAAAUCUCAAAUGAUCCUAUAAUCAAUUUUCCGACCAAUUAAUGAUGGUACAUAGCCAAAGCCAGCUUAACAUUUCAAUUACGAUU